AUGGCAAAAUUGUUGAGGCAACAUUCGCUCUGUUACGUUUUUGAUAGUGACGAUUUUAACAAAAUUCCUCAGAAUAAAGAUGUGUUAAUAAUGGUCGAAUUGAACUGCCCCGCAAGUAAAGCUUUGUUACAAAAGGCAAAUGAUACAAAUAAAUUCCGAAACCCUUCACGGUGGUUCAUCAUCGAACAAGCUGAGAAACUGGACAAUUACAACUUUUUGUUCGACUCUGAUGUUAUCGUUGCUGAAAUGAAAGAAAAUCUUUAUAGCUUGUUCAUUCUUUACAAAACACAUAACCACGGCGCGCUUAUAAAAGAAUCGUUUGGUACUUGGACAGCGUCGAAUGGCUUAAAUAAAACUAGCGAAAUGGAUAAACCAGCUUCAAUACGACGCAAAGAUCUCAUGGGCCUACCCAUAGCGGCUUCAAUUGUUAUAAGUGAUAAUAGAACGAAGAACGAAAUUAUGACUUUAAGGAACAUCUUCGUGGAUACAGUAGCAAAAUCGGGGUACCGUCAAAUUUGUCCACUGUACGACUUCUUGAACGCCUCUAUGGUGACCUUGUAUACUGACACUUGGGGAUAUCAAACUAACGGGACGUUUAACGGAAUGGUCGGAGAUUUGGUUCAAGGAAAAGCAGAACUUGCUGGUACAAUGAUAUUCAUAACAAAAUCGCGGCUGGAUAUACUAGAAUAUUUGGUGUACCCUUCGCCACCCACUACCAAAUUCGUAUUUCGUCUUCCGCCUUUGUCCUAUCAAAACAAUCUUUUCCUAUUACCGUUCAGGCCCAAAGUGUGGUUAUGUAUUCUUGGACUCAUUAUACUGUUAACAACUAUUCUACUCAUCAACGCGUACUGGGAAUAUGAGAAAUUGGACAUCCGGAACAAUAACGAUCAAACAGUGUUGCGACCAAAUAUAAGCGAUAUUACUAUAUUGGUUAUAAGUGCUAUUUCUCAACAAGGAAGCUUCACCGAACUCAAAGGUACCCUCGGACGCGUGGUAAUGUUCCUUUUAUUUUUCGCGUUUGUGUUCCUGUAUACCUCCUAUUCGGCAAAUAUCGUAGCCUUGUUGCAGUCCAACUCUAACAAGAUAAGGACUCUAUCUGACCUUCUGAACUCCCGACUUGAACUGGGCGUCGAGGAUACGACGUACAAUCGAUAUCAUUUCUCGAUUGCCACUGACCCAAUAAGGAAAGCCAUAUAUCAAACUAAAAUAGCGCCUCAAGGAUCGAAAGACGCCAACUUUAUGAGUUUAGAGGAAGGAGUUAAAAAGUUACAAACGAAACCAUUCGCCUUUAAUAUGAACUUGGGAACUGGAUACAAGUUGGUUGAAAGAUAUUUUCACGAACACGAAAAGUGUGGUCUUCAAGAGAUUCAGUACAUUCAGGAAUCAAAAGCUUGGCAAACGUGCCGAAAAAAUUCGCCGUACAAAGAAAUUUUUAAAAUUGGUUUGAUCAGGAAUCAAGAACAUGGUUUGAACGAUCGAGUUAAUCGGUUAAUAUACACGAAGAAACCUGCCUGCGCUUUCCGCGGUAGCAGCUUCGAUUCCGUCAACAUGAUCGACUUUUAUCCAGCAUUACUUCUACUGCUGUAUGGAAUGAUGUGUGCGAUCCUCUCUCUUCUUUUAGAAUUUUUUUAUCACAAGCGAGUCAUGCGUAUUUCUAAAAAUUGUGCGUAA